AUGACUCCUGCCAUCGACGGAAGUAGCGGCGACUCAGAGCCGUCGAUGGACAAGAUAUUAGAAAAUAUACUAAGCCAAGGCCACGACCACAAUGUGCCGUCAAUUCUGCCUGAGGAUUUCAUGAAGACCAUGUCGUCUAUUCUCCCUUCAAUGAACGAUGAGUCCUCAAAGCCGACACCUGCAUCACAGAAGAAGCCUUCAGAGUAUGAGACGCAGCUUAAUGAGUACAACAGGUACCAACUACGAAAGUUCAGACUUGGCUUUACGGUCCUCAGAUUUGUGAGUGUGCUCACCCUGGUUUACUUCAAACUCGUGGGGUACACUUUGUUCUACCCGUCAUUUGAGCGUCUGGAUCACGGGUAUGGCAAAAUCGAUCUAUGGAACUGGUUUACCAUUCUCGAAGUCUUUUAUUCUGUGGUCUACGUGCUCGUUUACAGGUAUCUUCCUCAAACACGGGAGAACUCUAUUUUCAGCAUCAUCGAAGGGUUUGUGCCACAGCACUACCGUGGCCGGUUUGAGAUGGUUGUCAAGUACAGAGACAUUGUUGUGUUUUGGAUCAACGACUUGUCGGUCCUUAUUUUAGCGCUGGGCUGUCUAGCGUGGCUCAAUAAUUAG